AUUUCUUGGCUUCAUUUUCGGGCCUAGAUGCGUAGCCUACUCCAGUGAGAGCAUAGAUGCUAUUACGGAGAGGUAAGCCUAAUGAACGAAUGAGGCUCUCAGUCAGACACUGAUUCAAAUAUGCCGGGUGGUGAAGUGGCACAUCAUGGCUAUCCCUGCCACAGAGUGCAUUCCACUGAAAAUUCGCGGUCUUUUUCGGUUCUGUUAUCGCACCAAAUUGCAGAAGACCUGGAAUAUUGCAGACAGGCGUGAGUUUAGCUGCUCAGCGGCUAAAAGUUAUGCUGCUAGAGUUGUGUCUGGGACAGCAAUCGCCCGGCAGAUCCACAAAGAGAUACAGGCCAGUGUGGAACAGUUAGUUGGCCAGGGAAACAGACGACCUCACCUGGCCGUGAUCCUGGUCGGAGAUGAUCCAGCCAGCCGAGUGUACGUCAGGAACAAGACCAGAGCUGCCUCACUGCUUGGAAUCUCCAGCAGUGCUCUGCUGCGCCCUGCUGGCGUGACUCAGGCAGAGCUGCUGGAUCUGAUUGAUCAAAUGAACCGAGACUGGAGAGUCAGUGGCCUACUGGUGCAAUUGCCACUACCAGGGCACAUUAAUGAGAGGGCCGUGUGCAACGCCAUCGCCCCAGAGAAAGAUGUGGAUGGUUUUCACAUUGUGAACAUUGGGAAGCUUGUGCUGGAUCAAAGAACUAUGGUGCCAGCAACACCCGCAGCUGUGUGGGAGAUAAUACAACGCACAGGCAUCGAGACUGUGGGCAAAAACGUGCUGGUGGUUGGACGUUCCAAGAACGUAGGAAUGCCGAUCGCUAUGCUGCUGCACUCUGACAGAAACCACGAGCGCCCAGGAGGUGAUGCGACUGUGACCAUUGCCCACAGGUGUACUCCUCGUGAGCAGCUCACACAUCACUGCCGGCUGGCUGAUAUCGUCAUCGCCGCCGCAGGUGUUCCACAGCUAAUAACGGCAGACAUGGUAAAGGAAGGAGCUGUCGUCAUAGAUGUUGGCAUCAAUCGCAUCCAGGAAAGCGGUUCUGGUAGGAUCCGCCUGGUUGGAGACGUGGACUUUGAAGGUGUGCGGCAGAAAGCGGGCUUUAUCACUCCAGUCCCUGGAGGGGUGGGUCCAGUGACCAUCGCCAUGGUGAUGAAAAACACAGUUACAGCGGCAAGAAAUGCUUUGGCACACUGAAAUGUGGAAACACACACACACACACACACACACCGCACAUACACACACACACCGCACAUACAUCAAGUUCCAUUGGGUUUUGAGUAAUUUUAAACUUGAAGAAACAAAGACAAGCUUCUGACUGAGCCAGAUGACAAAACGUAUCACGUCUGAAUGAUUAAUAAGUAUCUGUGUACAUCUCUUUGUGUAGGUUGUCUUUGUCUCACGUAUCUUCUGUGUGUAUGUCUUUAGGGGCAUUGGGGUAGGCCAAUGCAAAUGCUUAUUAAGUGGUCAUUUCUGUUCACCAGUGACCAUUGUAUGCUUGAAUAUGCUGCACGUUAAAAAAUGUCUUUGAAAUGCUGUCAUGGUGACUAGGUGUUGGACAAAGGUCGAAGGUCAUUCUUACAUGGCUAAACAGGAAAGGGGAUAAUGAGGCCCCUAUUUCACAAAACUGACCCACAUUGUAUCUGGGAUCUUUGUUUCUGUACAAUAAAAUAUCAGGUUAUUCACA